CGCGGUAGCAUCGCCAGAAAAAGACCGCCGUCCCUUUGUGCGCGCGUGGCCGCUCCUCCGGCCGCCGGCUGCACUGCCUUUGACGCUGUUGCGCGCGCGCCAUUCCCUAACCCAACUUAACCCUCACGUUCGAGCCCGUCAUCUUCGCCCAGGGUUACGCAGGGUUACGCAUAUUCUUAUCCUGCCCAACCCCUGCCUCCUCUGUCCCCACUUUUCCCUCGCCCCGACCCUAAGGCCGCCCGUUCUGAUUGGUCAGAAGGUAACCCUCCUACUCGUCCUCCUCCUCCCCCUCCCCUACUGAGGAAAAGAAAGGAGACAGGAGAUAGAGAGAGUAGAAAGAGAGAGGGAGAGAGAAAGAGAAAGAGGAAGAGAAAGAGGAAGAGAGAGGAAGAGAAAGAGAGAGGGAAAAGAGAGACUCUCCUCCUUCGCAAUGGCAACAGCAGAUUGGCUUAUCUAUUCCCCCGAGCACAAGGUAAUUAUCUGCAAGAUCCACGGCUUUGCUAUAUCAGCCCUCUCGAGCCACCUAUCCAGACAACAUGCCGACCUUAGCUGCCGAGUCCGGAAUACGAUUAUUGCUGAAUACAAUACACUGGAGCUGGACCGCCCUUCUGAUGCCAAUUUCCGGUAUGGACCCGCCAAUCCAACUGCAGCUAUUGACGGCCUCACCAUUCACAAGGGCCUUGCAUGCCAAGACUUCCAGCAGUGCCGGUUUAUGUCUACAAGCCGGAAGAUGCUGAAGGUCCACUGUAAGAAAGAGCAUCAGUGGCAGGUGAGCCGGGCCGAUCCAACCCACUGGUCCGAGGUAAAGCUGCAGACCUUCUUCACCGUACCCGGCAGCGCUAUCCACUACUUCUGCGUCACCACUGGGCCCCAGGCCAAUGCUGGAGACGAAGAUGGCGAGGAGGUGGAUCCAGAUAUAGAUACAGAGGAGGCACACAGCGGCGGCGGCGGCAGCAGACAGCGGCAGAAUUCCAAGCUGAUUACCGAGAUCAAGGAGCAGUGGGAGUAUGAGCAGAGCCGACAGGAGGAGCUGCAGAGGGUGCUCGCGGAGGGCAUCCUGAGGCACGAGACGACGACCUGGCUCCGUCGGUCCGGGUGGACCGCCCACUUCAACGGCCGAGACCUCCACCGGAUCCACCUCUGCAGCCGCAUGCCCGGGCCUGAGGACGACGUGCUCCAGAGGCUGACGGCGAACCUCGACCACCUGUUCUUCCAACGCUGCGUGGACGGCCUGAAGAGCAUGCCGCUGAUGACACGCCUGCUCCUGGCCAGCCCGCACCCCCACGACGCCCACAGCCGGCCGUUCGGGCCGCUCCAGGAGAGGACGAGUAUGGAGCGGAACCUGACCUACUGGAAACGCUUCCUCUGCUACUGCCUGAACGUGCUGAGCCUGGACGAGGCCGCGCUGCUGGACCAGCACGGCUUCCGCUUUACGGAGGCGCAGCGGGCCAGCCUGGAGCAGCUGUGGGACCAUGUGCGGAGCGACCACUGGCCCGAUAGGUUGCUGCAGGAGGAGCUGCUGCAGGUAUCGGCCAGCUUCUGGAUGCAGCAGCUGUCCGGGGAUCCCUAGGCUUUAUUGGAAGGAGGUCAGACGUAAAAACUUGGUGUAGACAGGGGUCAGGUGGUCCGAGCUUCUACGCCUGAAUCCAAUACGCCAACCACUAUACCUUAACCGACUCAAACUAGCAGCUGAAUGUAGAGUAAAAUUACUCGGCAUAGACUCUAAGAAUAUAAUAGAGUGUUUUGAUGCAUUCUACCAAUAGAUCAAUGGAUUUUUAUUCGUUGUGGCUUCUGUAUUUAUCUUGUAAGUUGUUGA